AUGGAGAUGGCGACGGCGACGGGUGCGACGGCGCUGGGUGCGAAAUGGCAAAUAGAAGAGUGCACAUACCUUGGGGAUUUGAAAAAUCUGGGUUUUAAGCUUAGAAGCUGUGGAGGUCAUAAGUUACAGAGGCAAGGACAGAGAGCGAGAGAGAGUGGAACUUCCAUGUGGAUUGGAUUUGUCAUUUGUGUGGGCUAA